CUUUCAGGUGUGCAGGUGAACAGUGAACACCAACCUUAUCAACACAUCACGAACACCUCAAUUCCUUACCAUCGUCCUUCCCAAACAGUCCGAGGCCGCGAUGGUAUUGAAGCCAACACCACAAACACGAUAGAACCAGCACAACUUUCGGCGAAAUGACACGCGAGUAAAAUACAUACCUCCUAAAUCCCUAUCCCCAUCCCCAUCCCCAUCCCAGACUCAUCAUUCAUCCCCAUUCACGCUCCGACGUCUUCGCAUCCCACUCCUACAACCGUCCCAAAUAUGUCAGAACAAUCACUCAGGAGGGCGAGAAUAGUCUCGAGUAUAGCUGCCACAUGUAUAUCCCUUGCGUGUGGUACCAACGUAUGCGAAAACUCCCUAAACGACAUCGUUUCACCACUAACGGUAACCAGUAUGUCUAUUCAGCAUGGGCACCACAAUUCGCCGAGAAGUUGAAGCUCUCUUCUACGCAGAGUAAUCUGAUCGGACUUUCUGCAAAUCUGGGCAUGUACACGAUGGGGAUACCUAUAGGCAUGUUGGUUGACACGAAAGGACCUCGACUUGCGGUUAUGGUGGGCGCGAUAUUGCUGGCAGCCGGUUACUUUCCAUUACACCAAGCUUUCGACAGGGGGUUCGCUUCGAUGCCGUUACUGUGUAUGUUUUCAUAUAUGACGGGACUGGGCGGGUGUUUUGCCUUUGCUGCUUCAAUCAAAACAUCGGCUUUGAACUGGCCACGCCACCGGGGAACAGCAACGGGAUUUCCCCUGGCAGCUUUUGGACUGAGUGCUUUCUUCUUCUCAUCUUUUGCCCAAUUUGUCUUGCCGGGCAAUACGGGACAUUUCUUACUCCUCCUGGCCUGUGGGACAUUUGGCCUGGUAUUUAUUCCAUUCUUCUUUUUACGGGUUUACCCCCACCCUCACUAUACCGCCCUAGCCUCAUCAGCUUCCGGCAACCGCCUCCACAGAACAAAAUCGGAAGAUAGCAAGAAUAGGGCGGGAAGGGCCUUGUUGGAGGCAGAGCCAGGUAGGUCGCAAUUCGUAGUCGAGCAUAUUCCACACACCACACAAGCACAGGCCCUAAAUCAGAUCCAAGUAGACCAAGUAGAGGAACCUGCGGACGAGCCCCUGUCCGAAACAGACGAGACCUCCUCCUUGGUUUCCAGAAAUUCCUCAUCCAUCCCGGGUGAUCUCGUCGAGAGUAGAAGUGAAGAAGAAAUUAAUGUUAAGGAUCAUGCUCAUCGUGUAGAUAUCCGUGGUUUUCAGAUGCUUCAAUUGAUGGAGUUCUGGCAAAUGUUUAUAUUGAUGGGCAUCUUGACGGGUGUUGGUCUUAUGACUAUAAAGUAAGAGAGUCUUCUACUCCUCUGCUGCUGCCUACUGACUUCUUGAAGCAAUAUUGGAAAUGAUGUCCAGGCUUUGUGGAUACACUACGAUGAUUCCGCAACCGAGGAAUUUAUCGGGAAGCGCCAGGCGAUGCAUGUUUCCAUUCUAUCAGUUUGCAGUUUUACGGGACGUCUCCUUAGCGGUAUGAUUUUCCCAUAUUCCAAAACCAUACCCUUGCUAACUCUACUCUCACAGGUUUCGGCUCUGACUUCCUGGUAAAAAUUGUGAAAGCCUCCAGGCUCUGGUGUCUAACUGCUGCCUGUGUUGUCUUUCUCAUCGCCCAAAUCGCCGCCCUGACAAUUACCACACCCGUGAACCUCGUCUUCGUCUCCUCCCUUACGGGUCUGGCAUAUGGCUUUCUAUUUGGCUGUUUCCCCUCCAUCGUCGCCGAAGCCUUUGGCGUUAAUGGCAUGUCCCAGAAUUGGGGAACUAUGACUUUAAGUCCUGUCAUUAGUGGGAAUGUGUUCAACAUCUUCUAUGGUGAGGUGUUUGAUGCUCACAGUGUUAUUGGGAAGGACGGGGAGAGGGUGUGUAAUGAUGGUCUACAGUGCUAUCGGAAGGCAUACAUUGUUACGGUCAUUGCAUGUUUGAUCGGACUCGUUGUCAAUCUUUGGAGUAUUAGGUGGACGCAUCUCGCGAGGCUAGAGGAGGAUAGGAUGCAAGAGCUUGAGGGGAGGGAUGCGUAGUGGAUUUUUGGAUGCGGUGGUUAUAUCUUUUCUUUUUUGGUUUUGUGAUUUAGAAGCGAAUAUAGAUGGACUCAAUUUUCAUUUCUGACAUAGUUCUUAAAUAUGGGCGGAGUUGACUUGGGCAA